CCAAUGACUUCUCUAUCAUAUUCCCGCCCCGAGACCAUCGCCGCAAUAACAGAUUUCUACACCUUCUACAUCAAACUCCCUUAUCUCGAUCCCGGCGCCUUGGUCUUUGCUCCUACAAGCGGCUGGACGACCAUUGACACUACCGAACUAAAAGCUCGUGGCAAGACAGACGAAGUAAUCGACCUCCUACGCCAUCUACCCUAUCUCUCACACCCCAGCACUCGAGGCGGCUGGACAAUCGAUCAAGGUUGCAGUCACAUCCAAUACCACAAAGGCGUUUGCUACAACAACACCUCUUCAGCCAUCAAACACCUGCCCAGUCAUGUGAUUCCCAUAGCAGAAGCAACGGAUAGAGAAGGAAUGUACCUGAUUCUCGACACAUUCACAGGAAACAUCACUACUUACAACAUCCUCGCCAAUAAUAUUCAGGGAAAUUGGGAAGAAUAUGAGCGGUUAGAGGAUAAAGAUAAAUGGAGGGCUUACCCUACAGAACCGGUGACGCAGUUUUUUGAGAGGUGGAAGGAGUUGUAUGAGAAGUUGGUCUGGAUGGUUGCGCCGAGUAUUGAUGAUUCGCAUGGUGAUGGAGGCACCUACUUCACUAGGGCAGACAAUGUUGUGGAGGAGAACGACUUGUUAGACGCCGAUGAUGACGAUGAUGUCGAGAUUGAAGAUGAGGUCACNAAAGGUGGUGUGUACGAGAUUUACAAGCGAAAUGGAUGGCCAGGAAACUCUUUCGAUAGAGAAGCCUGUAAAAGCGAACUCAAAGAGUAUCUAAAAGAUGCAGAUUAUUGA